AUCCCAGCUUACCCAGACCCUCCAUCACUCUGAGCCCCACUGGGGUCACCGCCCCAGGGGCAGACGUCACCAUCCAGUGUCAGGGGCAGCGCCGGGACGUGAGGUUCUUCCUGCACAAGGCUGGAGACCUGAACCUGCAGCGACACAUGGACCCUGCUGGGGACAAGGCCGAGUUCCGCAUCCCCACCGCGGGCCGGCAGCAUGGAGGGAGCUACAGCUGCAGCUACCGGCCCCAAUCAGAGCCCUUCAUCUCGUCAUACCCCAGCAGCUAUGUGGAGCUGGUGGUAGCAGAGCUCAGCUACCCCAAACCCAACAUCUCCCUGAGCCCCAGCGGAGGGGUCUCCCUCGGGGGAGCCGUGACCGUCCAGUGUUGGGGCCAGCACCGGGGCGUGCGGUUCAUGCUGAAUAAAGAGCGACGCCAUUUCCCACCUGUGGAUUCGGACGGGUUUGAGGCUGUGUUUCCCAUCAGCAACGUGCGCCGGGAGGACGGCGGGAGCUACAGCUGCUCCUAUCACAGCCGAUCGGAGCCGUUCGCCAUGUCGUACCCCAGCGACCCCGUGGAGCUGGUGCUGAGAGCAGCCCCCCCAGAUUUCACCAACGCCAACAUCGCCCGCCUGGGGCUGAGCGCCGCGGUCCUGCUCGUCCUGGGGCUGAUCCUGGCUGAGGCCUAUUACAGCCGCCCAAGGGGGGCACCCUAGGUGAAGUGACCCCCCCCUUCUGUGCCCCUUGCUCCCCCCAGGGGCUGGGCCCAGAGUGACACGGGCCCCCCUAACCCGCUGUCUCUCUGAGCCCCCAGAGCCUGGAUCCGGCCGUGCAGGGAAGAGAAUCUCCCCGGGGGACAAGUGGAUUCCCCGUGGGGUGGUUAGACGCCAGCACAAACACCCCUGCCUCGGAGAAUCCCCCCACCAAACAGCUCCCGACCUGACAGCAGUGUGACGGGUUCGGUCACAGAGACCCCCUUGGGACUGUUACCUGAUGUGCUGAGAUUACCUCUGAGCCCAUUUUCCCUGCCAGUUUGGGCCUCCAGAAACCUGCCUUGUUGAGCCGGACACACUAUGUCUGCUGCAACACAGACCCAGGGUCUGAACCACACCCACAAAGCUGCAGACUUAACUGAA